UCCAGCAGGGGGCGGCAGGUUACGCGCUCACGGAAUUGUCCUUCCUGAGUCGCCUUCUCUGGGCUACUUGCAGGCAGCUUGCAACGUUGAUUACCACAUUCUGUGAACCAAUUUUAUUACAGUUCUGAAUUCCACGUUGUUUUAUGCAUCAGUCGGGUCUCGCAGGUCUCUCAGGCCUGUGCCGAGUCACCGACCAUCUGUACCUCAGUAAUGGCCGAGCCGCCAAUGAUUCCUCCCAGGUGACUCGGUGCAACAUCACUUGCAUCGUGAACGUCACAGAGACGAAGAGCCGCUGCCCUCUGCACCGCGGGGUGGAGUACAUCCACAUCCCGCUGCCCGACUCCCCGGCCUCUCCUCUCGGGGAACACUUUGACGAUGUGUCGGAUAAGAUCCAGCUCACUUCGGAGCUCGGUGGCCGGACUCUGGUGCACUGCAACGCCGGGGUGAGCCGCUCCGCCUCCCUGUGCAUGGCCUACCUGAUGAAGCACCGCGGGGAGUCUCUCCGGGCGGCCCACAGCUGGGUGAGGACCUGCAGGCCCGUGAUCAGGCCCAAUAACGGGUUCUGGAAACAGCUGAUCCGCUAUGAGAUGGAGCUCCGUGGGUGCGCUUCCGUCCGGAUGAUCUGCACCUCCAUGGGAGAGGUACCAGACAUCUAUGAAGAGGAGGCCAGGAACAUGACGCCGCUGUGAUGAAGGAGCCUCUUUAUUGUGGCGACAUGAAUUGAUUGCAUGAGCGAUAUAAAAAGUGUCAUGUGUCGCAUAUACAAGGAAAUGAUGUUGAUAUAAAGGCUUAAAAUGUACUCUUUAAUUAUUAUGGAGUCCAAUACAUUCCAAGGGUAAACAUCUUUACUAUAAUAUCAUUUAUGAACAGCUGUAGUUCCUUGUUUUAGAUGGAAAUGUAAGCCAACACAAAAGGUUUAAUAUAUUAUGAAGUACAAUGCAUCCCAUGCUUUUCAGGUUUUGGCAGUGUUUAGUUUGUCACAUUUUCGAGUUGUUCCACCAAAUGGGGAUUUUAACUAGAUUUUCAAGAUGGUUUCAGAGGGGUAAAACUAUCCAAUAUUUAAAAAUAUACCUAAAUUAGUUGGUUUUCUUUUUCCUGUUAACCAUCAGAUGCAUUCUGUUUCCUCCUGACCCCCAGGUUGGGAACUCUGGGGGAAAAAAACUAUGAAAUUAAAGUACAAUAUAAAGCGUAGUGAAGUGCUUCUUAAGAAUGGUUUCAGUAUGAACUAUUAUAGCAUUAAUUGUAAUAUAAAUAUUUAUUUCCUCUGUUGUUCAGCUACAGUUUACAUUUUCUACAUAAGUGCGAUUGUGUUUUUGUUUUUUAAUAAUGCUUUAUAUGUUUUUUAACUUUACAAUGUUGUAUUGGUACUGUUAACUAUUUCAGUAUUUUUUUAACACUGGCUGAAGGUGAUUUGACAGGCACUGAAUCACAAAAGCAGGUGACAGUAAAAAGCAGUCAAUGAAUCCAACUGAUUUGAGGCUAGAAAGUACAAAAACGUUUAUUUUGGAAUCAAUACACAGCUCAAUUGGUUCAUCGGACGCAACAUGUUGCAAUAGACACUUGAAUGACAACAGUAUGUUUCCCUAUGGACAGCAAGGCCUUACAAACUGAAAUAAAUAUGUAUUCAUGAAGCUAAUAUGUUCAUUAAAUGUCUUUAAAACAUGCCGUUUCAUGCUUACUGUCAGACUGUAUGAGAGGAUGAUUCAAUUAGGUUUUUUCUAACGCAUUUUUACCCAUGAAAAGAGCCAAUUACAAGAUGCUGCGUUUUUCUUUGCAGAUGUGGCAAUAAAAAAAUAUAUUUUCCGACACCA